UCUGUGUCGUCGAAACAGUGUUGUGCUGGCUGGCCGGUUUUUGAGACUUGUUCAACUGUCGUGGACAGCUGGCGGGAAAUUAAAAAGAAAAAUUAAAUUCCAAAUUUGUAUCGCGUUCACAAUUUUUUGUUGUGAAUUCGUCUUGAUUGUUCCACGGGAAUAUUAUAAGGAUUUUAUUUGGUUAUUUGAAUUCAUUCAACUGUCUCAUUUUGAAUCUCAUAAUAUUUACUUAACCUGAAAAUGCUGUUAUUAGGAGAUGUUUUUCCGAAUUUCACUGCAGAUACCACGGCUGGACAGUUAAAUCUCCACGAUUAUCUUGGAACAUCAUGGGGCAUCUUGUUCUCCCACCCAUCAGAUUUUACCCCAGUAUGUACUACAGAGUUGGCUAGAGUGCUUGCACUGCUGCCAGAGUUCAACAAGCGUAACACCAAAGUGAUCGGCCUGUCUUGUGACAGCAUUUCUUCUCAUGUGGAAUGGUGUAAGGACAUCCAAAGCUAUGCAGGUUGCAAUGAGGAUGAAAAGUUCCCUUAUCCAAUUAUUGAAGAUAAGAACAGAGAGAUUGCUUCAAAGUUGUGUAUGGUGGACAAGGAUGAGCUGGACACCACCGGUAUGCCGUUGACUGCCCGUGCUGUGUUCAUCAUAGACCCUACUAAAAAGUUCAGACUGUCAUUCCUGUACCCAGCCACUACUGGCAGAAACUUUGAUGAAAUCUUGCGCGUAUUGGACUCUCUGCAGUUGACUGACAAAGCCAAAGUGGCCACUCCAGUGGAUUGGAAGGUUGGGGAUGACUGCAUGGUGCUGCCGACCGUGCCUGAAGAUAUGAUACCUAAAGUGUUUCCCCAAGGCAUCACCGUAGUGCCCCUGCCGUCGGGCAAAAACUACCUGCGGAAGACGACUUGCCCGAAAGUCUAGCCUACAUGCCGAUAUUGUGCCUAUUGUGUGUUUAUAUAAAAAGUGAUAUCUCAUAUAUUUUAUUGCUACUUGAUAAAUUACCCCAUGUGCAUAUUUUAUGUAAAGUCUAUUGAAAGUUAUUUUAAUAAAUAUUAUAAUUGCUUAA